CAUUGUUCUUUCCCUGCAUUUCAGUAAUCUUUGGGGAAGGCAGAAGAAUGAGCCAUAAACCUGAAACACAUUUCGUUCUUUGAUAACUGAUCACAAGUAGAAGUGCUGUUGAUGUAAUCGCAGAAUUGUUCUGUUGAUUCCCUUUGAAGAGUGGGGAAUGGGGGCUGAUGUUUUGCUCUAUUCACACCACUCUUAAUUGUGGAGCUGGUACCACGGAUCAUCGCUUUCCCCGGAGAGACCAACUGCUCCCAAGUGUGUCCCGGGCUGUGCUUAGUCUGUAUGUAAUAAAGGUUUCUGCGUGUGUCAUAAGGGAAAUAGAACGAUGACCAGUUAGUUACCCGGUGAGAAGAUGGAAAGCCGGGACUCCCACUCCCCUCCUGCCCUGCGUGCAUUAGCCAGAAGCGCAGUUACUCCCAAGUUGAGUUGCGACAGCUGCCAUGGCAUGUUGUGCAGCUGUCGCGCCUGUAAGUGCUUGAUCACCCUUACUCCAGCCCCAGUCCGAGGAGCAGGAGAUGGCAUGGAAACUGAGGAGCCACCUAAGUCUGUUGAAGUGACCUCUGGAGUCCCGCCCGUAAGGCAUCACAUCCUUCAGAAUCCACGGAAGAAAGCAGUUCCAGGCGAGAGCCCAGGAGUCCUUCAGAUCGGGGAGAUUCUCACUGAAAAAGCAGUGGAAGUUGAAGCCAUAAGAAUAUUAGUUCCCAAAGCUGCUAUAACCCAUGACAUCCCCAGCAAGAAUGCAAAGGUGAAGUCUCGGGGACACCAUAGGGGAGAGCUCCUUGGUCAGUCAGAGGGAACUGUAGAACCCAGAAAGGAACUAUCGGAGGUUAAGAAUCUACUGGAGAAGUUCAAGAACUCUGAAAGGAGGUUACUGCAGGACAAAGAGGGUCUUUCAAACCAGCUCAGAGUACAGACAGAGGUCAAUCGAGAGUUAAAGAAGUUGCUAGUGGCUUCCGUUGGAGACGAUCUUCAGUACCAUUUUGAACGUCUAGCCCGUGAGAAAAACCAGCUUAUUUUAGAAAAUGAAGCCCUAGGUCAAAACACAGCUCAACUUUCUGAACAGCUGGAACGUAUGUCAAUACAGUGUGACGUAUGGCGGAGUAAAUUCCUUGCAAGCAGGGUGAUGGCAGAUGAGUUAACCAAUUCCAGAGCAGGUUUGCAGCGUCAAAAUCGCGAUGCCCAGAGUGCUAUUCAAGAUCUCCUGAGCGAGCGGGAGCAGUUUCGUCAGGAAAUGAUAGCUACCCAGAAAUUAUUGGAGGAGCUCCUGGUGUCCUUGCAGUGGGGAAGAGAGCAAACUUACUACCCUAGUACACAGCCUUACACCACAGCAGAACUAGCAUUAACAAAUCACAAGUUGGCAAAAGCAGUAAAUGCUCAUCUUCUGGGAAAUGUUGGCACUAACAGUCAAAAAAAGAUACCAUCAACGGUUGAAUUCUGCCGCACCCCAGCAGAAAAAAUGGCUGAAACGGUUCUACGCAUUUUGGAUCCAGUUACCUGUACGGAAAGCUCACCUGAUAAUCCUUUUUCUGAGUCUUCACCAACUGCCUUACUUGCUACAAAGAAAAAUAUUGGACGAUUUCAUCCCUAUACUAGAUAUGAAAAUAUAACUUUCAAUUGCUGCCAUCACUGCCAGGGAGAACUUAUUGUCCUUUAAUACAACAAGACAGCACAAGCUUCUUACCCAAGAGUCAUUAUUAUUUGGGAGCUGGAGUCUUACAGUGAUGUCACUUUCUAUCUCAGUACUGUAUAUCCCCAGCGAUGUUUCAUGUAUUGGACCACAGAUUACCCUUUCUUAAUAAAUACCUCAGGGUAAGAAAAGACUGAAACUGUGUAGAUAUAUUUAAAGUAGAUGAUACUUUCCUGACCUUCAUGAUGCUUUUCCUAAAGGAUCCUGAAAGAAGAUCCUAUCUUUAUUUUAGCCCCUAAGUUACAUCUUGCCAUGUGUUUAACUCUAAUGCAGGGUGGCUCAUAUGCAGCUACACCCAUUCGCUUACUGUUGUCUGUGGUUGCCAGGCUUGGGUUUUUUGGGCACCACAGCAGAACUGAACAGAGGCAGCAGGGCUUGUGUGGCUGCAAAACUUAAAAUCUCCUAUCUGGCCCUUGACAGGAGAAUUUUUCUGGCCCCCACUGGCAGGGGGAUGGGUGGAGAGCGUGUCCAUUCCCUUUUUGGGGAUUUAUUUUGGACUACAAAGGCUGCUUAUGGAAAUACUAUGGGUGAAGGGACUAAUAUUUUAAAAUUAAAUGCUAUAUGUUAGGAAAAUUAGAAGUAUUUUAUAGCCACAUUAGCAAGUGUUUGAGCAAAACAUGUUCUCGUGUUGGUUUUGUGUGGGGAAUUCCAUAGUUUGAAUGGAUGUGACUUGACAUAUAUAAUAAUAGAUUUUACUGAGCUCAUUUUGACAAAUGCAACCCAAUAGGACUAUCCAAUUUGAUAUAUAAUGUAGAAAGAGGAUCUUUCUAGAACAUUGUACAAACUCAAGAUGCAAUCCAUCAUUAAUUUAUAUUAAUAUAUAUUAUUUAUGAUGGACCAUCAUAAAACACCCUUUUAUAAGCCUGUAAAAAUAUCCACAAUAUGUUUAUACCAAAUUACCCUAUAUUAGGUACAGAAUCGACUAUCAAAAGAGAAGUCUUCUAAAGACAAAUCUGGUGAAAUAACAUUUUAAUGUCAACUUAAUGAUUUUUUUGUCUGAUUCGUCUGAGUUAUACUUUGAAAUGGCAAUAAAUUUCUCUACAUUCUUUAUUUUGAA